AUGAAGAUAUCAGUGAAGAGGCUCGGCCAACCGGCCAAAAUUAUGAAUGUAACAGAAAUGACAACAGUCGGCGAACUCUUGCCCCAAAUAUCAUCUGACUCUGGUGUUGAGAGUGAGCGGAUUUCCCUCAUAUUUAACGGAACGCCACUGAGUGACAAGAACCGAAGUCUUAAGGACUACUCCAUUAAAUCGGGCGAUCGGAUAAUGGUGGUCGUCAAAGCCAGCUUGACACCGAAUUUCGAGCAAAUACUACAGAAAUAUCUACAAGCUUCUUACAACACACAUGAUGCAAAAGCAAUAACCUCGAAGUUCAUGAGUCUCCUUUCAAAGACUCUGGAUUCUCUGAGCAUCGACGACAUUGAUCGAUUGGCCAAUGCUUUUAGCGAGUCCUAUUGA